UGGAAAUCGGAGAUAUAAUAAAACGCUUAGAUGAACUAUGGUCCGAUUUUAUGAGGUGAUCGUUAUGUAAAUAUAUCGAUUACAAGUCGAACCGCGAAGAUAUGUUUGCGCCUGUCUGGUCAAAGGUUUGUCAGAACAUACCACUCAAGAGGUCUGCUCGACUGUCUCUGAUUUCAAUCGCAUGCCUUCGAAAUUGCACGAUUAAACGAACACUGAACACAAUGAUGGAAAACAAAGCUGAAGCGAUGCUGGCCAGACUGGAUGAAACACAGGUCCAGCUGCUAAAGGAAAACUGCAUCUUAGUUGAUGAAUCUGAUAAGGCUAUUGGAUCAGCAACAAAGAAGGACUGUCACUUAUUAUCAAAUAUAGAUAAAGGGAUGCUUCACAGAGCGUUUAGCGUUUUCUUAUUCAACGAAAAAAAUGAGUUGCUCCUACAACAAAGGUCAGAUGCCAAAAUCACAUUCCCAGGACAUUUCACGAAUACAUGUUGCAGUCAUCCAUUGAAUUAUGAUUCCGAGUUGGAGGAGGAAAAUGCUGUCGGGGUAAAGAGAGCUGCACAGCGGAAACUUGGACAUGAACUAGGAAUAACACCAUUUGAGGUUCCCGUUGAAAAUUUCCAUUACCUCACUCGAAUUCAUUACAAGGCUGACAAUGUCCCAGCGGAUGGUACGUUUGGCGAACAUGAAGUAGACUAUAUCCUCUUCAUAAAAGGAGAUGUGAGUGUCGUACCAAAUGAAAACGAGGUCAAGAGUCACCGAUACGUCAGUAAAGAAGAGUUAGCACAAUUCAUUGAAACAUCACAAGAGACAAACACGCUUAUUACGCCGUGGUUUCAGCUCAUCGUCGACAAAUUCUUGUAUAACUGGUGGGAUAGCCUCGAUAGUCUGGAGGCCUUAGAGGACCACAAAACGAUACACAGGAUGUUAUGAGACAGGCUACUGGACAAUACAAACUCGCCCAAAAAGUGGAUCAAUUAAUUUUGCUCAGUACCUUAUACAUGUAUAAAAAAACAUUUUCACCUGAUGGUGGCCAAAUGAUGACUCGUGAGUAAAUUGCUGAAACAAAGUCAGAUUCCGGCUCAUACGAAACAUGUAGUCCAUCCAUAAGUGUUAUGUAUACUAUAAUAUGGAUGAGUUUCUAUUUUGUAAACUGAUUUUCUUCUGUCAGUGUCAGAAUCAUAGUAGGUUUUCUAGUCAACUCCAAUCAAUUUAGAUGUGAAGUUCAUAUUAAUGAAUAUUUAUGAUGCUCUUAAUGAAAUAAAUAGACGUCAUUUUGGACUAAUUUUGUUUUGUUGGUGUAACUAAGAAAUCAAGUGAUGAAAGGUCUGUUCUCUGUUUUCCAGAGAACAGACCCCAGCCCCAUCCACUACGUUCUGCAGGAGUUCUAAUUGCUUUAUGAUUUCAAAUUCUAGCCACUACGUUUUGCAGGAGUUCUAAUUGCUUUAUGAUUUCAAAUUCUAGCCACUACGUUUUGCAGGAGUUCUAAUUGCUUUAUGAUUUCAAAUUCUAGCCACUACGUUCUGCAGGAGUUCUAAUUGCUUUAUGAUUUCAAAUUC